UGCUCAUUUUGGCGCUAUAAAAUCUCCUGCUAACUCAACGAUAAAAUCAACAUUUGCAUUUCUGUUUUUAAGUUUAGAAAAAUAAAACAUUUUUUUUCAAACAACAUGUUUACCACCAUUGUUGUGCCGGCGGCCCAAACAAAGGCCUCCGCGGUGCCGGAGAGCGAGGUGCUGCGAAGAAGAAACGAGGAAUUGGAGAAGGAAUUGAAGAAGAGCAUUGAACGAGAAGAGAAAAUGAAAGAGGAAUUGAAUAAGACAUGGGAGAAGCUGAGGGUGGCGGAGGAGGCGGAGGAGCGCCUCUGUUCUCAGCUCGGAGAAUUUGAAGCAGAGGCUGUGGAUCAGGCUCGGAUCUACCGAACCAGAAUCCAUACUUUAAUGGAUCAGCUUUCGACGGCACAAAAACUUGUCCAGUCAGAUCAAAUUACCAUUACCGAUUCUCAAUGAUCAAUUCACGGAAUUUGAUUUUGCCGAUUGACAUAAAUAUUUUUGUGGGUGUGUGUUUCUCCGUUUGAUGUUUGGCUGCUGUGUAUUGAAUGCGGCCGGUUCGGUUUGAUUUGGUUUGGUUUGGCUCUAUGUAAAUGACGAGAUGAAAGAUUAGUUAGGAACUCGUUUUGGAGAUGUAAUAGGAGGAAAUUUGUGUGUACAUUUACCUUAAUUUGUUCUUUCUUCAUCAAUGUUCUUAUAUUUUUCGUAUUUAUUGCAUUUUUAUGUGCAAGUUUGAUUAUUAAUACCAUAUCUGGUCGUCUUUCAA